AUGAAUGAUAGUGGUAUUAUUAAGCAUAUUACCACAAGCAGGCAGCUUUUGAGUUUCAGGAGAUUGUAUCAGGUUCAGACUCGAAAACUACGAUUACUUUCAGCCACAGAAGAUGAGCAUGGAGGUCUCUUUGUUGAUAUGCGGGAACCCAUGGACUCCCACCUCUUUGCCUCUUCCCUCAGAGCUUCUCUUUCUCACUGGACUCAACUGGGGAAAAGAGGUAUAUGGAUUAAACUUCCUAUUCGACAUUACAAUCUUAUUGAAGCUGCUGUCAAGGAAGGGUUUUGGUACCACCAUGCAGAACCAAGAUAUGUAAUGUUAGCAAAGUGGCUCCCUCAUGAUGAACCCUGUGCCCUUCCAGCAAAUGCAUCUCAUCGUGUUACUGUUGGUGCAUUUGUCAUCAAUGACAAAAAGGAGGUACUAGUGGUUCAAGAGAAGAAUGGAAUGUUAAAAGGAAAGGGUGUGUGGAAGUUUCCCACCGGAACAGCCAAUGAGGGGGAGGACAUUUGUACAGCGGCCGUGCGAGAAGUCAAGGAAGAGACAGGAAUUGAAACAAAAUUUGAGGAAGUGCUGACAUUCAGAGAACAUCACAAGGCAUUUUUCCAGAAGUCGGAUCUAUUCUUUGUCUGUUUUCUACAACCUCUGUCAUAUAACAUUCAGGUUCAGGAAACAGAAAUUGAAGCAGCUCAGUGGAUGCCCUUUCAAGAAUACGCAGUACAGUCUUUUGUUCAGAGAUACGAGCUCCUUAGGAACAUGGUUAAAAUUUGCAAGGCCAAAAUGGAAGGUCAAUAUUCAGGGUUUCCAGCUGCGCCUAUCAAACCAAGCUUUAAAGAAGGAAGGGAUAUGAUCUACUUCAAUAAUCAGACUUCCAAUUCAAAUGACACAAAUAUUCAAUAGAGAUAACUUUAAUGGAAGAAGCAGUACUUGAAAGACCAUAUAGACUGAAAAAAAAAAAAGAAAGAAAG